GCUCUUUAUUGGGGUCAAGCUUCAGCUCAACAACAAAAUAGAUUAAGAUAUUAUUGUGAUUCAGAUUCUGUUGAUAUAUUCCUAUUGUCUUUUAUAACAGACUUUCCAAAUUCAAAAGAAUCCACACAUGGUUAUACUUUGAAUUUAGCUAAUGCUUGUGCUUCAAAGACUUAUUCAUCUGAGGAUUCCACACCAAACUGUACACAAGUUGGUGAUGAUAUUAAAUAUUGUCAAAGUUUGGGUAAAAAAGUGUUGUUAUCAUUAGGUGGUGAGAGUGGAGAUUAUGGAUUCAAUAGUGAUUAUGAGGCUGAAAACUUUGCAGAUGUACUUUGGAAUUCAUUUGGUGAAGGUUCUGAAUAUCCAAAAGAUGAAAGACCAUUUGGUGAUGCAAUAGUGGAUGGAUUUGAUUUUGAUUUAGAGAAUGAAAAUCAAAUUGGAUAUGUUACGUUGGCUAACAAGUUGAGAAAUUUAACUUCAAGUGGUAACCAAAAGGAGUUUAUUUUAACAUCUGCACCACAAUGUCCAUUUCCUGAUAAAAGUAAUAGUGAAUUGAUUGAUGGUGUUGAAUUGAAUUAUUUGUUUAUUCAAUUUUACAAUAACAAAUGUGCGUUAGAUCAAGAUUUCAAUUUUGAUACUUGGUCAGAGUAUAUUCAAUCGAAAAACUAUGAAAAGACUAAAUUAUUUAUUGGAUUACCAGCUACAAACAGUUCAGCAAGUUCAGGUUUUGUUGAUUCAGAUGCAGUUUUGGAAAAAAUUGAACAAAUUUGGUCUAGUGAUGAAUUGAAGAAAUCAUUUGGAGGUGUCAUGUUUUGGGAUGCUUCACAAGCUUUUGAAGAUUCAGAA